AUGAGCUCAGAAUCAAACCCACAAUCGCAUUCUGGUGGCAUUCUCAAAGGCAAAGACCUCGUCAACUACACUCUCGGCACCGAUUCGUCUAAGUCGAAUGAAGAAAUCAAGGAACAAGCCAAGUUUAAUUUAUAUAAGAAGGCCUCUGAAGCCAAGACUACAGCUGAAGGCACCUCCGAAAAGGCCAAAGCAAGGGCGAAUCAGACAUCGGGUCUGUUGCUGGCUAUUGCUCUACAGAUGCAAAGGGUACUGCCAAGGAAAUUAAAGGCGAAGCUCAGAAUCAUGUUUGACAAGGUUCGACGAGCGUUUGAACCAAUGUGUACCGUGAAUCUUACUUUUACUAGCAGCAACAAGACAUUCUCACAGCGACUGAAAGAUAUGGCGUCAACUCUGUCGAUACCGGCGCAAUGGUCAGCUGCUGCGAAAGCAGAGGCGCCGGUAGCAGCGCAGAAAGCUUUGGAGCUGAUAACCCAACCUGUUAAGCUUGCUAGUUUUAACCAAUAA